AUGGCGGACCAACAUGAGGUCGACCUUGACUCGAUAAUCGACCGUCUCCUCGAGGUUCGGGGCAGCCGUCCUGGCAAGCAGGUUCAGCUCCUCGAGGCUGAGAUUCGCUACCUGUGCACCAAGGCUCGCGAGAUCUUCAUCUCCCAGCCCAUCCUCCUUGAGCUGGAGGCCCCAAUCAAGAUCUGCGGCGACAUCCACGGACAAUAUUACGACCUGCUCCGUCUCUUUGAGUACGGCGGCUUCCCUCCCGAGGCCAACUACCUCUUCCUUGGUGACUACGUCGAUCGUGGCAAACAGUCUCUCGAGACCAUCUGCCUGUUGCUUGCCUACAAGAUCAAGUACCCCGAGAACUUCUUCAUCCUGCGCGGUAACCACGAAUGUGCCUCCAUCAACCGUAUCUACGGCUUUUACGACGAGUGCAAGCGCCGCUACAACAUCAAGCUAUGGAAGACAUUUACGGACUGCUUCAACUGCCUGCCUAUCGCCGCUAUCAUCGACGAGAAGAUUUUCACCAUGCACGGUGGUCUCAGCCCUGACCUGAACUCCAUGGAGCAGAUUCGCCGCGUCAUGCGACCCACCGACAUUCCCGACUGCGGUCUUCUCUGCGAUCUUUUGUGGUCUGAUCCCGACAAAGACAUCACAGGCUGGAGCGAAAACGACAGAGGUGUCUCCUUCACCUUCGGUCCCGAUGUUGUUUCCAGAUUCCUCCAGAAGCACGACAUGGAUCUGAUUUGCCGUGCCCAUCAAGUCGUGGAAGACGGCUACGAGUUCUUCUCUAAGCGCCAGCUGGUCACUCUCUUCAGCGCACCGAACUACUGCGGAGAGUUUGACAACGCCGGAGCGAUGAUGAGUGUGGACGAGAGCUUGCUCUGCUCCUUCCAGAUUCUGAAACCCGCUGAGAAGAAACAAAAGUACGUUCCCGGUGGUCUCGUAGGCAACAGCCGACCUGUCACUUCUCCCCGAAAGUCCGCUUCCAAGUGA